AUGAGUGGGGAAAGCAGAGAUAUUGUUGUCCCUACUACUAGUGGCUACAAAACCAUAGAUAAUAAUUGUUCAUUCGAUGAUCCUCCAGCCGUUUUGAGCGGUGUCAAAAACCAAACUAUUCGUGAAAUUGUAAUCACUGCAGUGGUUAUGCUGGGUGUUGCAUUGUCAUGGGCACUUAGUACUCAGUUUGGAAAAACGGCACUAAAUUUCAAAGACAGCUUUUAUGCUCCGUACUUUUUGAUGUGGUUUAGCACUAAUUUUAUGGCGACUUGUUAUCCAGCAUAUAUUUUCUACGCAAUCAUCAAAAAGCGUUGUAACAUGGAGGAAUUUGUAAAUCUUUACAGAGGGGCUAUGAUGGUUUAUGGUCAGAUGACUUCUAGAGUGAAAGGUUUUUUUCUGCGCACGUCUUUGUUCUUAUUGUUCUGGACAGGGGCAAAUUACUCGUAUUCUCAAUCUCUGGGCCACAUAUCAGCUAGUGCCACAACAGCUAUAAUGAGCAGUAAUGCAGUAAUGGUUUGCGUUUUAGGCUGGAUCAUAUUGCACGACAAGUUCGUGCCGCUAAGGCUUAUUUCGGUAGCUGCUGCAGUUGGUGGUGUUGUUGUGAUGUCAAUGGACGACGAAUUUGUUGGUAGCGUACUCGGGAUUUGUCUUUCUUUACUUUCCGCGUUUUUGGCUGCUGUACUUUUUAAGAAGGUGAUUGGUGACGCGACCCUAGGUCAGGUUUCAUUGUUCAUGUCUGGAUUGGGUUUGAUGAACGUUAUUGUUAACGCAGUUCCGGUAUUUACAUUAAUUGGAACUGGAACGGAACGUGUUGAAUGGUCUGAUGUGCCGUGGACACCCCUUGUCGCAUCUGCGGCACUUUCUCUUCUGUUCAAUUUCUUGCUUGACUUCGGUGUAGCUUUACUCCAUCCACUUGUCAUAUCAGUAGGAAUGCUGUUGGGUAUUCCAAUAAGCGCAGGUUUGUUUUCACAGCAAGUUUUGCAAGUUUCAGCGGUUUUAGUUGAACUUGCGAUCUUACGCUUUUGGAGUAGACAUAAUAAUUCGCCAUAUGGAGGCCACCCCGUACUUCAUUUCUGGUGCUCUUUUGAUCCUUUUGUCAUGCGUUCUAAUUAUACUUCCACUUCACCGCAUUAA